CCCCCCCAUCCCGCACUUUUCUCCUCAAUCUCUCUCGAGAGGGUUUCGUCUGUCCUUUUCCUUUUGCAUUCGUUUUAUCCGAUAAAUCAGGGAGGUAUUUCGGUGCAAAUCUGCAUUGUUAGGGUCGGAGAAUGGUAGAGAGUAACCGGUCGGAGACUGCGCCGGCGUCGGCGAAUCUGGUGAUGGAAGAGUUUUGCAGCUGUGAGUUGACUCGAUCGAACUCCGAGGCUGCUUCUUCUUUGACUGUUGAAAGUUCCGGAGAUAUCUUGUUUCCUUCUGCUAAUGCAAGACCGGAUAAGUGUGAGGCAUGGACAAAUGAGCAGCACAACAAAUAUCUUGAUUAUUUGGAAGCAUCAUUCGCUCAACAACUACAACGAUCAAGAGGAUUCACAGCAUGGUGCACUGAACAAAACAGAAGUGGUAAAGAUUCAUCUAAAAGGCUGCCUGUCUGUGUCAGCAAAGCUUCUGAGCAGUUCUCAGUUUUACAAGAUGGCCAAUGGCAGAAGAUAAUCUUUGAUAUGGACCAGCCUCUUUCUUAUAUUUCUACUGUUAAGAUUCCAAGAAUACAUUGUGAAAGACGUGCAGGUAAGGACUCUUCCCAUGUAUCGUCUGAUCCUAAAGACCACAUUAAGUUACGCUAUGAGGAGGAGCAUUUGGAAGGCAAGAGACCUUUUUCUAGUGGAUCAGCAUCAAAUUCAGAACAAAACCAUAUAAAGACAUGCUACAGUAAUUCAUUUAUUAAAGAUUCUGCAGAAGGUUCGGGCCAGAAUUUUGCUGAUGAAGACUGUGAACAUGAUCCGCACACUAUUUCUCUGGCAAAAAGGUUGAAAACAGUUGCAGAUGAUACUUCAAGUGAAGAUCAAAUUGUGCCAUCUGGGAAAUUAUUUGCAUUAGGAAAGUCAAUCAUCAAUAAUAAGACGUUGGGAGGACAAGCGAUUAAUGAAGAUUCAUCAAAAGAUUUUGAGAACUGGUCCCUUCUCAAUUUGACGUGAAAUCUGAGGCAUGGCUUGAUGUUUGAGUUAUGACCACCAACAAGAAAGAUGACAAGCAUUUAGUUUACACCCCAUUUGGAGUAAAGGAUGCUAUUUCAUUGAAUACUUUAUAUGACGGUAAUGUUUUACGGACUAGGAAGAAGGUUUUGAAAUUUUUCGACAGGUUUGUUGAUCAUCAAAAGUAGAUUUUAGAUCCAUGUAACCUCCUUGCACGACGGUGUAGCUAUGAGGUUGUAGAUAAAAUGUUGAUGCAUCUCUCUAUCUCAGGGUGGAAGUUUUGUGAAAGUUUGUGGAUCACCAACUUGAGCAAAUGUGUG